CUUGAGCAGAAUAGAGGCAGUACUCUGACACGUUAAUGUUUAGCUAUAAAAACUGUAUUAAUUAGUAUUACUAAUACUUGUAUAAGUGAGGCUAAAUAUAUUUCAAUAUAGGCAUUGUAUUGUAGUGUAAUAUUAUUAAGAUUGGCUUAGAAUAGAAGUAGAUCCGUUUAAAACAAAAACUUAUUUUAUUAUGAUGGCUUUUGCAUGUCUGAUGCGCCAAGUUUCGGGAAGCAGUGUGUCUCAUAUGACGCGGUUUUCUGCAAGUGCUCGAUUUUUAACACUGGCAACCCAAGUAGAAGACUUUCAAGUUACCAAUGAACCUGUUCUAGAAUACUUGAAAGGAAGUGCAGAACGAAAAACCUUGGAGACUGCCUUAAAUAAGUAUAAGAAUGAUUGUCAGGAUAUUCCAAUAGUUGUUGGUAAUGAAGAAAUUCGUAAAGGUGAUGUCAAGUAUCAAGUUAUGCCUUUUGAUCAUUCUAAGAAGAUUGCCAAAUAUUACUGGGCAAAUGCAGAUGUUGUUCAGAAAGCAAUAAACACAAGUAUUGAAGCAAGGAAAGAUUGGGAAGCUCAACCAAUUUCAGAAAAGAUAAAAGUUUUCAUGAAAGCAGCUGACCUGGUGAGUGGGAAGUAUCGAAUGGAGUUGAAUGCUGCAACAAUGUUAGGGCAGGGCAAAACUAUUGUCCAAGCUGAGAUUGAUGCUGCUGCAGAACUUGCUGACUUUUACAGGUUUAAUGCAUACUUUGCAAAGGAAUUGAUGAAAUAUCAGCCACUAAGUCCCACUCCUUCAGUAUCAGUGAACACUUUUAGACAUCGUGGAAUUGAGGGAUUUGUAGCAUCUAUUUCACCUUUUAACUUUACAGCCAUUGGUGGAAACCUAGCCUCAGCUCCUACAAUUAUGGGAAAUGUAGUCAUCUGGAAGCCAUCAGACACUGCUCUUUUAGCCAAUUACAUCACUUUCAAGCUGAUGAGAGAAGCUGGCUUUCCACCUGGUGUUAUAAACUUUGUACCUGCUGAUGGGCCUGUGUUUGGUAAUACCAUCUGCUCAUCCCCACAUUUAGCUGGAGUUAAUUUUACUGGCAGUGUGGCUACAUUCCAGCAUUUAUGGAAACAAAUUGCUGAAAAUCUUGAAAGCUAUCAUAACUUUCCUCGUUUGGUUGGUGAGUGUGGAGGAAAGAAUUACCAUUUUGUUCACCCAAGUGCACACGUCCAGUCUGUUGUGAAUGGCACAAUAAGAUCUGCUUUUGAAUUUGGUGGUCAAAAAUGUUCGGCAUGCUCCAGGAUGUUUGUACCAGAGUCAUUAUGGGAUCAGAUAAGAGAAGGCUUGUUAGAAACUAGAAAGCAGCUAAAGCUUGACUCUCCUCUGGAAUAUGACACAUUUCUUUCUGCUGUCAUUGAUGAAAAAGCUUUUAAUAGAAUUAAAGGUUACAUUGACUAUGCCAAGAUGUCCUCAAACUUGGAGGUUAUUGGUGGAGGGAAUUGUGAUAACAGCAAAGGAUAUUACAUAGAGCCUGCAAUAAUUGUUGCUAAAGACCCAAAGGACAGAAUCAUGCAAGAGGAGAUAUUUGGGCCUGUAUUGACAGUAUAUGUGUAUUCUGAUAAACAGCUAGAGGAAGCUUUAACUCUGGCAUCCGACACAGCACCUUUUGGUCUGACUGGGGCCAUUUUUGCUUCUGACGAGAAAUUUAUUGCACAAGCGACGGAGUUCUUGAAAAUGUCAGCUGGUAACUUCUACAUCAAUGAUAAAAGCACAGGAUCAGUUGUGGGUCAGCAACCAUUUGGUGGUGGACGAGUUUCAGGUACAAAUGACAAGGCUGGAGGACCGCACUGUUUAUUACGUUGGACAUCACCACAAGUCAUAAAAGAAACAUUCAAACCUCUAUCUGACUGGUUUUAUCCAUAUAUGAAGAAUUAAACCAAACUCAAGAUGCCUAUAGCUAAAAAUAGUAUUGAAGAAUUUAAAUUUCAGUUCUGUGAAGUUUGGCCAAUUGUGAUAAAGUAAAAGUUCUUCCAGUUAUUGUAGUUUAACUGAAACAUAUACCCAUAUCCAAUUUGUGAGAUUGAAUAUAUUGUGUACAAAAUUUUGUUUUACUGUUCUGUCUGUUUUUAAUCAUAAAAAAAGAUAGCAGCUGCAGUUGUGUCAGAUUUAAAAAUUGUGAAAUACUUGUACAAAAUGGAUAUUUUAGAAUAGACAUCUCAAAUUCCAAAAGCUGGUUAUUUCCUUGAUAAAAGAAAAAUUGUAUGAGGCAGACAUAAUUAAUUAGUCUCUUUCUUGAAACCUUUUGUUAUGUGAGACUCAAAUUUUAAAAUAUUUUAUUUAUUUGACAAUUUUUAUUUCAACGUUCUUUCACUUGGUUCAUGAAUCUCACUUUUUUUGUUAACAACCUAAGAAUAAUUUAUUUUAUUGUAUUAGACAAAUGAUGAGAAUUGGUUUGACCUCUUCAUUAGUGGAUUGGACCUGAGUUUUUAGACAUUGGUUUACUGUUAAACUUUACUUUCUUGAGAUUUUGUUUUUGUUAUGAAUCUGUUAACUUUAAGCAUAGUUAAAGUUUUUCGAAUCUAUCACAUUUUAGUGGACUUAUCCUGUUCCAAAAAUAUAGGCUUAAUGAUGUGAUCUUUGUAUUGCUGGUGUUAAUAGAAACUUUACUUCUUUUUUUACAUGUUUAAGGUGUACAAUUAGUACAAAUGAGUAUUUAGUAACCGGAUGAGCCCUGUGGUGCUCUGUAAAAAGUUUCAUUAGAAUACCAAUGUUUUACCAAUAUUUGAACAAAAGAUAUUGGGCAGAUGUAACACCUAAAUACAUAAUGUUUUAACACAAUAAAGAGUUGUCAAUUUUAA